ACAUUCACCGGCCGACGUUCCAACAGGAGCGUUUCAAACCGAUAAACGUAGAUCUAAGGUCGGAUGUUUAUCGAGCCUAUCCUCCCGCAAACAAGGAAGUAACGUGAUAUAGGUAAUAGGAUCAAGCCAUGGUUAUCAGAAGACUUUGUGCACACUACAGCCAAAUAACAAAUAGUUUGGUGUUAACAAACAUUGGACAUGUAACUCCCAUAUUGUCAUGUAACUUCUCAAAUAGCCAAACAGUUAAAUUCAUCAACAGCCAAUCAAAAAAGGCCUCCAACAGCCAAUCAGGAAGUGUCUCCAAUAGCCAAUCAGAAAGUGUCUCCAACAGCCAAUCAGAAAGUGUCUCCAACAGCCAAUCAGAAAGUGUCUCAAGGAGCCAAUCAGGAAGUGUCUCCAACAGCCAAUCAGAAAGGGUCUCCAAAAGCCAAUCAGGAAGCAUCUCCAACAGCCAAUCAAAAAGUCUAUGCAGCAACCAAAAUGGCCAAACUUUAUUCUUCCAAAGCAGCACACAAGCUGAGAUUAUGAAACAUACAGAGCUUACAAGAGAUCACCUGACCCCAGAGAUACAGCUCCACCUGGUGACAAGAAAGUGUAACCUUUGGCACAGCAGGGGAGACAAAUCUCCCUUUGUGGACCCUUUCUGGGCCUUCUUCUGGCCAGGUGGUCAGGCAGUGACAAGGUACAUUCUGGACAACCGUGACAAGUUCCGACAGAGGACAGUGCUGGAUGUUGGGUCCGGAUGUGGGGCUUCAGCCAUUGCAGCUGCUCUGUGUGGUGCCAAGACAGUGGUGGCCAAUGACAUUGAUGCAGUUGCAACAGUGGCAGCCAAGUUAAAUGCAAAUGUGAACCUCUGUGGCAUUACUGUGGAUUCCAGGAAUAUGAUUGGCUCAGUCUGCAACCAAUGGGAUGUGAUUAUUCUUGGAGAUAUGUUCUAUGACAGUGAGUUUGUAAGCUGCAUCAGCGAUUGGUUGAAUCAUUAUAUGAAGGCUGGUACAUGUGUUCUCAUUGGUGACCCAGGAAGACUGACAUUUGAAAAUCACCCAAUGAAAUCACUGCUUACAAAACUGGCUGAAUAUAACUUGCCGGAGCAAAGUCGUCUAGAGAAUAAUGGGCUUAAUACGGCUGGAGUCUGGAUGUUGGAAGUGGGUACUUGAGUUGCUGGAUGAUGUGAUGGAACCAUAUUUGUCUGUUUGUUUAUUUUUAACGCAGCACUCAGCAAUAUUCCUGCUAUUUGACAGCGGUCUGUAAAUAAUCAAGUCUGGACCAGACAAUCCAGUGAUUGAUAUCAUGAGCAUCG